GCAAUAUCAUUGUUAUAUGACUGUGUUUGCUGGGUAUUAUCUAAAAUAUCUUCCAAGAUAAUAUAUAGCCAAUACAAUAUCUUUGUGCCUUCCCAUAUACGUUUGUAUAAACAAUUGGAAAGUACCCUUUAGUGUGAAGAAUCUGGUAUUACUACGCUAGGCUUUACUUUUCAAUAUGGCAGAAUCUACGAAGACGGCAGUCGUACACGCAUAACUAUCGUCUCAAAACGUGAACAGUGUCAAGAUUUUGUGAAUGUGAACAAAAGAUACACCACGUGGCAACCGCGUGUAACAAAGGAUAUAUCACGUGACAACUUAUAACGAAGUACACCUCCUUUUGUAUCAUUAUUUUUAUAUUUGGCAAUGGUACAACGAUUUCGCUUACAAAAAUUUAUUUUAAAAAUAAACAGAUUUAUGUUACUGGUAAAAAAUACUUGAAUAUUAAGUCAUUUUUUCACAUUCCAUGUGACUCUUUAACUAUUGGAAUUAAACAAAUUAACGAGUUACAAUAUGAGCUAAUAACUGUUCCAUUGUCUAAUAUUAAAUCAAAAUGUGUAAAACUGCCUUUAUGUGACAAAGAAGCUGUAGUAUUGCCUUUACUACACCAACAAGAAAUAUGUUUAUGAUUAUUAAUAAUGGCGAAAAAUUUCGCUGUCGUAACUUUUACAAGCGAUGGGAAUAAUGAAGAGGAGAUUGUAUCAGAAGUUCCAUCUUUAUGGCUUUCUCCCAAUUUAAUACAAUGCUGGUGGCCAACGGUAAAAAAUAUAAAUACGUUUAUCGCAAAACAAAUUCCAUCUGUUACUAAUGAUCCUAAAUGGUCACUUCAUCCCAUUAAAUUUCAUGGAUAUUAUGAUUCAUUAGAUCAAGCUAGACAGAGAGCAACGAACUAUUCUUCAAGCGAAGAAAGCAAUAUAAAUAAAAUAAAGAAGUCACGCACAAAACAAUUACCAAAAAUUGUUUCUAACAAUGAGUCUGAAUCUGAUUGUAAUGUCUCACCUUCAAUUAUAUCAAAUCCACCAAAUCUUACAGAUAAAAAUAUCCUACAAUUAGUCGAUAAAAUAUCAAAUAUUUUUAAUUCAUCAGUUAUAAAUGAUAUUAACAUGGAGGCUCUUGAGGGAAUUAUAGUAUCACACAAAAGCAUACAGGACGUACAUACAUUAGUAUCAGAAAUGUUCGAUAAAAUGGAAGAUCAUUUUAAAAAAUUAUAUACAGCUGUAACUACAGUUUCAUUAGAAAUACAAGAUCUAAAUGUUCGUUUAACAAACAUAGAAAAACAAAAUAAUCAACAUAAGCCUGAAGUAUCUGGUAUGGAUAUAUCAAAUAUGCGACGAUCUUUUCCGUUUCAAAGUAUUGAUGAAGUCAUAGCUUUUGAAAACAGUUCACAAAUUACAGAUGAGUACAACAAAUUUGUGUUGUAUAUAUCUCGCAUAGGUGGAAGGUCCGCUAAGGAAACUUUAAUUCGUAUAUACCGAACUUUAUUUUCCAAUGAAGUUGCCAAAGUAUCGUCUUGGAAAGGAUUACGCAAUCAUUUAAAAAUCAGUAGCUUAAAGUCUAUAUUAAUGGGAAUACAAGCAACAAUUUCGGAUCAACAUCAAUUCACAAACAAAGAGUUUGAAGAUAUCACAAAAGAAUGGUUCCGCCAAGGUGGUCAGAGGCUUAACAGACAACAAAAAGACACCGAAGAAAUUUUGGUGUUCUAAAUUCGAAACACUACACCCCUAACAGCACAUGAUAUCAUUCGAAUAUUCUAUACACAUACUGUGAAUGUACGUACUGAACAUAAUAUACUGAGAACAUCCCUACAAUAUCUCUUAUAGUAUAUUAUUUCUUGUAUAUUCUCAGAAUAUACUUUUAAUAUCUUUUUCAGUAUAUUAUGUUUCGUAUAUUCUUCAUAUAUUCUUAGAAUAUACUUUCGAGUUAUGCAGAUAGUAGCGCAUUUUACGUCAUUUCCGAUAUUGCCGGUACCAGUUUUCUUGAUUGUCGCCUGAUACCGCAUGGUUUUUGGUUGGUCUCUAAGAAUUAUCGACGAAUUUAGAGGUAAUCUUUAGUUCUUUUCUAAAUAUUUUAUUAGACAUAAAAUGAAGUUUAAGAAUAUUUUAUUUGUAUGUAUAUUUUUGAAUUUUUAAGUUCGUACAUAAGUGUUCUUUAACAUAUUAAGAACAUAAUUUGAAACGCGCUUAUUAAAUAUACUGGAUAGCGUAGUGGACUAGAACGAGGGCUGUGGAGCUCAACGACGCAGGUUCAAAUCCCGUGUGAGGUAAGUGGAAAUUUUAAUUAACAAAAUGUAUAUAGUAUACAUAUAUAUCAAAUAGCAAAGCUCAGGAGUAAAUAUAGUAAGAAUAUAUUAAUUGAUAAAUAGGUAAAAAUUAAUUUUUUUAUAUAUAUUUUUAAUCUAGCCCAGGCUAGCUCAUUACUAGACAAAUAUAUUUGUCUAGUGGCUAGGACUUCUAAAUGGCUCAGUACUAGCUACGUUUGCUAGACGGGGGCUACAAUAUAAAUAAUAUAUAAAAUAUAUAAUAUAAAACACGUAUCGGCUAGCUAGUGACUGCGGCUACCGACUAGGUUAAAUUUCCACUCGGGAUACUGGAAACGUUCUAUUAAUAUACUAUCAAUAUACUGAAAGAUAUUCGCAGUAUAUACUAUGAACUAGGAAAAAGUGGACAUUAGAUCAUUCUCAGUAUGUACUCAGUAUAUCGUGGUACGUAUCUCGAAUGUUCUGAGAAUAUUCGCAACAUACUUUUGCGAUAUUCUCCGAACAUUCUUAAUAUCUACAUGUGCUGUUAGGGACUGUCUAUUUUUAUUAUGAGUUAAGUUCUUAACAUCGUUAUUUGAAUUAAAUAUUUCUUUUAAGAGAAUUAGCAGAAUGAAUAUACAUUUUGAUAUUUGUAAUUCUUCCUUCGACAACUUUUUAAUUACAAACAGUAUAAUAUUGUAUAACAUUAUUGCUUUUUCCAAUAAUAUCGAAUUACUUGCAUUUCCAUUUUCGUUUAAAUUAGAUACAAUGUGUAUUUUUGUUUAAAUUAGAUUGUUUAAAUUAGAACUCUAACGGUACACCUAUGUAUUUUUGACGCAUAUUAUUAAUUAUACAUGAAUAAAAGUAUACACUUUAACGUGUAUGUUCAUGAAAAGAUCAUUGAUGUAAAAAUUAUAGUUCUCAUGCGAGGAGAAGUCUAGUAAAACUUACUUCUUAUUAACGUACAG